CUAACAAUCCCCAACCCGAACCCGUGCCUGCUUCACCCAGUGACCACCCAUUAUCCAUGGCCUACUCAUCACUACGCGCCGUGUGACUGCCAACCUGGUAGUGACCUAGAGUCAGCUUCUCAUAUACCACUUAACUGCCUUGUUUUUCACUCACUCUUUCUUCUUUCGCUUCCAACGACUCCCAGUCGUUCUUCACUACUCUUUCUUUGUUCUCAAUCAGUCAUCCGCACCCAACUACAGUACCACCUGCUGGCCUCGAGGUUCCUGUCACUACCUCUUUGUUCCUGCACCUUCCACCUUCACUACGAACACGUCACUCUCUGACUCCUACGUCCUUCAACAGUUGAUCUACUCUGUCAAAUUUAUAUACUCCUUCCAAUUACCGACCUACAUAUCCUACAGACCUCUCCACUCCCACCAUGUCGGACCUUCGCGGCGAAGCCAAAGACUACCAACGCUUCAAGAACCACAACACCAAGUGGGCAAGAGGUGGGAAAGGCAACAAGUCUCAACCAUGCACUCAGCAUGAGGCCCUCAACUCGACUUGCCACAAGUGCGUUGGCCCUCCUAAACACGUCACCACAAGCGAGGCAAGAUACAAGCAGCACCACAAGAACAGAGUAACCUCUCAGACUGCAACCCUGGCACGCAAGGUAUUCCGUAAUGAGGUGGUCGAUGCUAUGGAUGGUCCUCUGGCACACGUCUCAGACAACUCCGAGGGCGAGGAAGUCCCAGACGCAUCUGCUGCUCCUGUUCCAGCCGAAGCAGAUUUCCUGUACAGCUACGACUCAACAGCUAGUCCUCGUGCUGGCUCGGAUAUCCUCAGUCAUGCUAUCACCCAGGCUGUUCGAAGAUACGAGAACAACGAAACCGACAAGCUGAUCAAGAAGGAAUACGAUGUUGUCGAUGGCAAGGAAAUGGCUGAUGUGUCUACGGAUGAGGAUGAAUUCGACUUCGAGGUGAUCGAACAUUCUCACUUGAACUGAUUUCAUGUCCAAAUACGGACUUCAGGCGUUAUGGAUUGUGGUUAGCAGUUUUAAUCACGAGCUUUCAUUUUUACUUCAUCAAGAUACCCCAGGAAUCAUUAGGGAAGCGAAUUGCUCAUCAUGGAACCGGCGCUUCUUGAGGAUAUGAAUGACCUUGGCAAGGGACUGACACCCAUGGAAUUGACUGGGGUGUCCUUGGGUUCUAUGGCGUUUUGACUGUGGAAUGCCGAGAUUGACAGCAGUCAUAUUGACUGUACAUUAUCAAAACCGUACACGAUGCUCUACUGAGCUCAAUGGCUGAAUGUCUCAACUUGA